AUGAGUUUUAAAGACGUUUUUCAGAAGUUUAUAGUAAAUCCAGAAAAACACCUUGAUUCUAUUCUCUUUUUCGAUGAUAAUGUUGUUAUAAUUAAGGAUUUGUUCCCCAAGUCGAUUAGACACUUGUUGGUGAUUUCACGUCAUCAGCAGGUAACGCACAAGCAUCCCUUGGAUGUGUUCAAUACUGAUUAUGACGACUUUAGUGGUGAAGAAUUGUUCGAGCAAAUAAGAAUAUAUGUGGAGAAGGCAAAGGAUAUGAUUGUAGAGAAUAUACAGAAAACUAUGGUGGAGCCGCGAGUAGAGCUGGUUAUGGAGCCGAUAGUGGAGCAGAAUUGUAUAGAUGAAACAGCACUACAAGAGUUUAGAAAUACAUUUAUACAAGCCGGUAUUCAUUCAAUUCCCUCAUUGAGCAAUUUGCAUAUACAUGUUAUGACCAAGGAUUUCCAUUCACCUCGAUUAAAAAACAAAAAACACUACAAUUCGUUUACCACUAAAUUCUUUGUCCCAUUCGAUGAGUUGGAUCCACUAUAUAACAGACUGUACUAUAAGUUAAUGACGCAAAGAAAACAAGAAAAAGCAAAUGCAAGGAGAAUAACAGACAAGAGCCAAGAAUCCAAUAUUGAUAAUGUUGGUGGCACAUUAGAUGUCGAUUUUGAUCUGAAACAACCUACUUUUAUACUUCACACUAGGGACAAUACUUUUUUGCAGGAUCUUAUAAAAACUACGCUGUUUAAAUGCCCGCUGUGCAACAAACAUUUUGGGAACUCAAUGGUUAAAUUGAAGGAACAUUUGACGGUGGAGUUUGAACAAAAGUAUGCUGUGUUUGGCAACAUCAAAAAGUUGGAACCUAAUGGAAUGUGA